CUAUCCCAGCUUUCCAGUGAAAAGCUCGAUUAGCUACAUUAAUACUGAUUGUUCAGAUCUUCGUGCGACAUUUUACAUUUUGACUUCUGGAGGAAUACCGUCAAGACACAAAUGAAGAAAAAUCACUUAUCAAUUUUUGUUGUUUUCUUAUUUUCUAAGUUUGCUAUUGAUUAUUUAAAACGUCUUUUGAAAACGUCACGCAGAUUCAAGCCGCGCCCACUUCGUCUCACUUAAAAGGAGCUCAGUUGUAUUCAGACUGGGAAUCAUAAAAUACCGGUGCUAGAAGUCGCUUGUAAUAGUCAAAAAUGCCUUGUCAGGAUGUUAAGCUUUUAUGAAAGAGACGUUCGUGAUAAACGUAAUACCGCUUCUCAAAGACGGUAUCCUUUGCUUUAAUGAUCUUUCAGUCAUUGUAUUUACUAAUGAAGGUAACAUGAAGAAUAAAUACGAUGAGCUUCGCUCUUUAAUUAUUAAAGGGAAGGAUAACUUUGCGCAAGCAGAGCAAAGAGCUUCUGGUAUUUUAGGAAGUAUAGAUAAAGAGUGUGAGGAAUUAACUCAACAGAAAGGAAAACUGCAACAACAACAGGAUGACAAGAAAACUGAAUGCAAAAACCUACAAGACCAGCUUGUAAGUCAGCAAAACAUACUACUGGAGCGUCAGAGAUCGUUAGCAAAUGCAAAUACACACUUACAAGCAACACAGGCAAAAGUUAAUAAGAUGCGUAGAAGAAUGGAGCACGAUGAAGCUGUGAGGAACGCUGGGAUCGGUCUGAUGUUCAUUCCGUUUGUUGGAACCGUAGUUGGAGCUACCCUGAUUGGGGUUUACCAGACAGAUAUGAACAACGCAAAUGAUGCUAAAAAUCAGGCUCAAAGUGAAGUUCACAACUGGGAACGUCAAGUGGCAAGUAGUUCUCUAGGUGUUUCUGACUGUCAGACAAAGAUCAACCAGAAGACACAGGAGAUUUCUCAAGUUAACACCAAUUUGGAGGUGUUACAAAGAACCAUAGAAGUCGUCACACAGCAGCGCCUUGUUAUAGCUGAUGUCCAGGAGAAGUUCAGGAAUGCUGUCAGGGUUUUGACCGAUCUAGCUGGGAUAGCGAAAGUUGGCGAGGUACAGACAAGGAAGUUUAUUCUGUUUGAGCCCCUCAUGACGGUACUUCAGGAAAUCUUUAAAUGUGUUCUGCAAAUGUCAGAUAAGAAGGGUCAUCUUCAGUGUGUCGAAACAACUUUAAAACCAAUACAAAGUGCUUUUGAAGAGAAUGUGAGAAAGAUGAAAGCUUUGUGUGACAAGGGGGAUGAUUACUGGUAGGAAAAAAAGUAAAACAAAUUUUCAUAAAUGAAAUGAAAGUCAGAAUUUAUCUUUUACAAAAAAUGUGAUAUUACUGAUAUUAAAUUGUAAGAAGUCAAACGCCUCCACAUGGCCAAACAUAACAUUGCAUUUUCUCUUUACAGAGCAUCACAUAUAACAAAAUGAAAUGUAAAAAACAUUUAUUAUAUAUCCAUAUAUGAGAUAAAUGUGAUUGUCCAAAAGACAUGCAAAUUAUCAAUAUAAUUGUAUAAGAAC